GCGCCAAAUUUUCAGGGAGAAAACUCACGGCAUUUGAGCAAAAAAAAAAUUGCUGCCUAAAAAAACUCAAUUAGUGUACUUUAUGCCUUUCAAAUGUUUGAAAACAUGUAUGUCUGAAGAAUGAAGGCAAUUUCAACUCAUUUUCCUUAUCUUUUUCUUUGGAAUGUUGAAAAGUCGCUGAAAUCGGUUCAGCAGAUAAAUAAAUUGCAGCUCCUGGAAUUGCAGAAAGUAAUAUCUACCUCAUAGAAAAGAUAUAUCUCAUUGGAAAAUAUGACAUUGUUUCAAUAUAAUAUUUAUUCACUUAUAUAUUUUAUAUCUUUCACCGUCUCUCAAGGACAAGCUCAGACAUCCAAAAAUGUUAAAGGUGUUUGGGGACCAUGGAAAAAUAUCACUAGAUGCGAGAUUCAAGAAAUUGGGCCGGGACAAGUUCAAGAAAGAGAAUGUUUCGUAGGGAACAGAGUGGUAGAUAAACAAUUUUGUAAUGGACUAUAUAAAUUAGUAGUAGAAUGCCAACUUGAACAGCUCGCUAUUGUACAUGGAAUAAAAGCUGAAUUUGGAAAUUGGCCAUGGCAAGUCUUCAUCGAAAUUGAUAAUGGAAAAGAUCAAUGUGGAGGAAGUCUCAUAGAGGAUAUGUGGAUUCUGACGGCGGCUCAUUGUUUUAUGAGUGGUCGGAAGAAAGCAACCAGAGUGACCCUCAGUGCAAUAAAUAAACAUGGAAUGGCAGAGAAUGCUGUUAAUACCAUCCCCGAAAGAAUCGUUUGUCAUGAAGACUUUGACAGCAUUAUACUAAAAAAUGACAUUUGUUUGAUGAAAAUUCCCUGGAUAGAAUAUAUGGGGUUUGCCAGGCCUGUGCAUUACCAUAUGAUUCCAAACCUACAACAAGGAAGCAAUUGUAUAGUUACUGGUUGGGGAUACGACGAAAAUUCCAAUCUACCUGAUAAUUUACAACAGGCAGAAGUGACAGUAAUCGAAAAAAAGCAAUGCAGAGAAUGGUAUAAAAAACUUGGAACAACGAUACCUCAGGGCACUAUUUGCGCUGGACAUAUUGAAGGAGGACCAGAUAGUUGCGGGGGUGAUAGCGGAGGUCCGCUUGUAUGCAAAGUAAAUAAUGGGCCCCAUUUCUUAUAUGGUGUAACCAGUUUUGGACCUGUGAAAUGUGGAGCUAAAAAAUCACCAGGAAUAUAUACAAGCGUGUCCGAUUUUAUACCAUGGAUUGCGAAAACGAUGGAAUCAUCUUUAGAAGGUUACCACUGGGGAGAAUGGAACACAACAUGUAGUGUUACAUGCGGCAAAGGACAAAUGGCGAUGCAACGGAAAUGUCUGAACAAGGAAGGGGAUACAGUUAAUAAUGAUAAUUGUCCCGGUCAAGCACACAAAGUUGGCGAUUGUAAUCUCCCGAGAUGUAUAGCUUAUUCCUGGGAGCCGUGGAAAGGAGAGUGCAGUGUUACUUGUGGAGAGGGCACACUUGAAAGAGCAAGGAAAUGUCUGAAUGAAGACAGUAAACCAGUAAAUUCUAAACACUGUGGAGGAGGACCCACGGAGCAAAAAGCAAAAUGUUUCAAUGUCCGACCUUGCCAGGAAUCUGUAUAUCAAUGGAGCUCGUGGGUGUCAUCGCCAUGUAGCGUGACGUGUGGGGUAGGAAGAGUGAUAAAAAAGAGACAUUGUACUUCUAAUAACGAAAUAUCUGAUGCUGCACAUUGCAAAGGGAAUUCCGUCGAAAUAUUGUUUUGCACGGGGCCCACUUGUGAAGAGAUAUCCACUUGGGGACCGUGGAUUUCAUCUUCAUGUAGCGUUACAUGUGGAGAUGGAACGACAAAAAGAACAAGACAUUGCCUUACCAAAACUACUGCAGCCAAAGGUAGUAACUGUCCGGGCAAGGCAGAAGAUAUUAGACCCUGCUCAGAACUCCCGUGCAAGGUUUAUUCUUGGGGACCUUGGUUAUCUUUUUCGUGUAGUGUUACUUGUGGAAAUGGUAAAAUUACAAAGAUGAGACGGUGUAUGUCUAAUAUUUCGAGAAAAAGAGGAGAUUCCUGUUCCGGAAAUUCACAAGUUACGGAAGCAUGCGUUGAACCUCCGUGCAAAAACGUAUUUUCGUGGGGGCCGUGGUUACCACCUUCGGCCUGCAGUGUUACUUGUGGUAAAGGUGAAAAGAUCCGAAAGAGGCACUGCCUUUCAGCUGAAACAAUGAGAAGGGGAGACUUUUGUGCUGGCGAAGCUGAAGAAGUUGCGUCUUGCAGCAUGCCAGUUUGCAAAGAAUUUCACUGGAGUCAAUGGAAAAGCACCUGUAGUGUAACUUGUGGAAUAGGAACGGAAGAAGGCAGUAGAAUCUGUUUGGAUGAUAACAACAGAUCUGUGAAGGUCAAUCUAUGCAUAGGAAGAUCUCGUAUCAUAGGAACGUGUACUCGUGACAAAUGUCGUGAAGAGUAUCACUGGAGUCAAUGGAGAAAAGUUUGCAGUGUGACUUGUGGAUCUGGUACUGAAGAAAGCACAAGAAUUUGCUUGAAUAAAGACAACAAAUCAGUACGUGACAAUUUGUGUGAUGGAACAUCCCGACUAUCUGGAACCUGUUCACGAUCUCCAUGUCCUCCAGAAUACCACUGGAGUCAAUGGAAAAAUGUUUGCAGCGUUACUUGUGGAUCCGGAACUGAAGAAAGUACAAGAAGUUGUUUAAACAAGGAGAACAGGCCUGUACCUGACAGUCAGUGUAACGGGAAAUCCCGUAAUUUUGGAACCUGCGAUCGUGCUGCAUGUCGUGAAAAAUACCACUGGACAGCGUGGAGAAAAACUUGUAGCGUUUCCUGUGGAAAAGGAAGUGAAAAAAAUACAAGAACUUGUUUGAAUGAAAAUAACCGACUUGUCAGUUCAAGUUUUUGCAAUGGAAGAUCCCAGUUCUCAAGUACUUGUGAUCUUACUCCAUGCCGAGCAGUUUCAGGUUAUCAUUGGAGCGAGUGGAAAGUAACUUGCAGCGUCACUUGUGGACGUGGCGCUGAAUACAAAUCAAGAGAUUGUCUAGACGGCAAAAACAUUCCAGUCAAUUUGAAUCUUUGUAAAGGAAGAUCGCACGAAGAAAGAGAAUGUGUUCGUGCUGCCUGUCCAACAAUUUUUAAUUGGGGUGAAUGGAUUGGAAUAUGUUCGGUAACUUGUAAUACUGGGAUCGAAAUACGAAGAAGAGAAUGUUUUGAUAAAAACAUAAACACAGUCGAUCAAGAAAAGUGCGUUGGCAGUGCAUUCAGUACGGCGACUUGUAGUCUCGGACCUUGCUCAGAUUUUCACUGGGGAACUUGGGAAAGGUCAUGCAGCGUGACGUGUGGAUCAGGUAUAGAGCACAUUAGAAGAUCAUGUUUAGAUACAAACGAAAAUCAAGUUAACGAGAACAAAUGCCAAGGGCACGCCAGUCAACGUGGCGAAUGUCGAAUGGGUCCAUGUGAAGAAAGUCGUGGUUACCAUUGGGGCGCUUGGAAAAAUCAUUGCAGCGUUACAUGUGGAAAAGGCGUCGAACAUAACAUAAGAGACUGCCUAGAUGGGAGCAAGAGACCUGUCACCACCUCAUUGUGCAAUGGAAAUUCACAUUUUUCUGACACUUGCAUUCGCCCAUCAUGUAAAACAGUCUCUGUCCACAAGUGGGGACCGUGGCAGACAAAAUGCAGCGUCACGUGUGGAGCCGGUGACGAAGUCAAAAUAAGAGUUUGUAUGGAUGGAAAUGGCAAAACUGUUAGCAAUGACAAAUGUCCACGCGGACCUGCCAUUCAACAGGGAUCGUGUUUUCGUUCAUCAUGUAAACUCUCUGUCCACAAGUGGGGACCGUGGCAGACAAAAUGCAGCGUCACGUGUGGAGCCGGGGACGAAGUCAAAAUAAGAGUUUGUAUGGAUGGAAAUGGCAAAACUGUUAGCAAUGACAAAUGUCCACGCGGACCUGCCAUUCAACAGGGAGCGUGUUUUCGUUCAUCAUGUAAACGACAAUUUUGGGGUCCUUGGUCAACAUUUUCAGAUUGUUCAGCGUCAUGUGGUGGAGGUUUAAGAACAAGAACACGUAGAUGUACUGGCGGACCUGGUUCCUGUGGAGCAGGCGAAUCUACCAUAUCCGUACAGUGCAACACGGACGCUUGCAGACGAGGCGGUGUUGACUUGUAUGAAUGGGGAGAAUGGAAAUCAUGGUCAAGAUGCAGACUGAAGAGCUCAAGCCGAAAUCGAUGUAGCGGUUUUCAGUCAAGUACACGAGCAUGUUACAAUCGAGACAAGGACGUCCCCCCACAUCUGUGCGGAGGUUCAUCUGAAAAUUAUAAAGAAAGAAUUUGCCAACUUCCAGAUUGUUGACGAUAAAACAAAUAUUCAGAUACCAGCUUUUGUUCGUCAAUUUACAUAUGUACUAUUUGCUUAUUGAGAAUUAUAAUUAAAAGACCUUGCCGUGGCAACACAUUUUACAUUUGGCCAUUCGGAGGCUAUGUCAGUUUCUUUACUUGCCUACAUAGAACAAAAAAAAUAGUGAGAUGAAGUACCAUUUUGUGAAUUUAAAUUGAUAAAAUAUAAAAAUGUAUAUAAGAUUUAUUUGUGAGUAUAAAAUAUAUCAAAUAAAAUGCCCAUAUAUUUCGCUCGUAUACUGCGACAGUUCUGUAACAAAAGACAGUCGAAAUUCGGACACUAAAGUUCGACACAG